UUCUCUUGAAAGAAAAAUUAUUUUUCUAGCUGAAAUAUUUAAUGAAUAAUCCUAGUAUUUUAACCAACAUUCAUGAGUGUAUUGCUCUUCCACUUAGUUGUAAAGAAGUUGGUGUAGUUAAUGGUAAAUAUGGUUAUUAUCACUAUCUUGUGGAUGGUGUAAAUGAUAAGGGUUGGGGUUGCGGGUAUCGCAGUCUUCAAACACUAUGUUCCUGGGUGUGCUAUGCACUUGGUGAUCAGUCAAAGAACAGAACUCAUGCAGUGCCCACUCUGAGAGAAAUACAACAGAUUCUUGUGACAUUAGAAGACAAGCCCUCUUCUUUUCUUGGAUCAAAAGAAUGGAUUGGAACAUAUGAAGUCUUCCUUGUGAUGGAUCACCUUUACGAUGUCAGCAGUAAGAUACUGCAUGUUGAAUCUGGAUCUAAAGUUGCAGAGAAAGCCAAAGAAAUCUUGAACCAUUUUGUUAAGUUUGGAAGCCCGGUUAUGAUAGGAGGUGAUAAUGAUGCUUCUUCUAAGACUCUACUUGGAGUUUGUUGUACUGAACAAGGCGAAUAUUAUUUUCUUAUUGCUGAUCCUCAUUUUGUGGGAAAGGCAAAUAUUGAUGUUCUUACAAAAAAUGGUUGGCUGGAAUGGAAGAGAUUGGAAGACGUUUUCAUCGAGGGAUCUUUUUACAACUUUUGUCUUCCUCAACUAAGAUCUUCCUGAUUACGGCACCGUAGAGGAUGGAGAUAAUGACCAGUGGAGCUGCAUAAAGUAUGAUGAAUAACGCAAUAGUGUAGCUGUGUUCCAUUUUGCUGGCUCCGAGGUCGUGGAACACGG